AUGGAGAGCUCACAAGAAGUGCAGCUGAGCAGUCAAAUCGAUGAGGACGGAGACCUCAUGGUUAUUGACGUGGACGUCCCCGAUGGGAUGGACAUCGAUGCUCCGCUUGCCACCGUGGGGCGCCGAGAGUGUCGGCAACCCGAAAGGCGGCAUGAAUCCAGAAAACCGGUACAAAGCGGUGUUCAGGGCCCUAAAGGUAAACCCACAAAUUCGAAGGGGGCCGGCCGUGGCGGCGAAAGCCGGCCAAUCCCGCAGGCAAGCCGGAAACGACACCAGCCCGGAACCACUCCGGCUGUGAAGGGCGCUGGAAACAAAGCACGGAACGGCGGUCCCCAGGGCCAAAAGGGUAACAACCGGAAGGCCAAAAAGACAGGAAACACGGCUCAAACGCCGCCUGUCGUGGUUUGCAACGCCGGGCCGAGUUCCUCGGAACGCGCACCCGUGUGUGUGCAGACACUGUCUACCCUGCAGCCACCGGCAGGGGAGGUUGUCGGAAACGGUGGCUGCCGCUCUCCGACCGUGUAUUCCAUAUCGUCGGAUGACUUUAUGGACGUGGACGAAGAGGAACCUGAGCAAGUCGGGCCUGUGAGAGAAUCAAACAACAGUAUAGCACCGGGCACCGCCAGUGAGGUGGCGCUCACUGAGACGGCUGCGUUGCCGAGGGCACCCGAAGGGCACGCCCCGCAGGCUGAACGGGCCGGGAACACGCCACAAAUGCCGCCGAACUACGCUAGGCUGAAUGCCAAGUUACAGUUCCUGCACUGUGUCAUGCGUCAGAUCGAUGGACCAUGGUGUCAUUGGGUACCGGACGUCUACAAGGCAGUAGUGACGAAGUAUCAGAGGAUGCCACGAGGAGGAUGGAAAGUCCUCGCGGAAUAUGCCAACGAGCAUUUCGAAUUCCACAAGACCCACAAGGAGGUGGAGCAGAUGGCAAGACAGGUAGUCGCCAAAGCAGCGCGGAGCCAACCGACGGACGUUGGAGAAAUAGCAUCGCUGCACGACGUCGACUCAUACAACGCCCUGCAGGAGGAUUUCGACCGGAUCAUGGCACAGAGGUUGAGGGAGCCUGACCUACUACCGAAGAACAAGAAACCAAAGUCCGCCGCACAGUACAGGCCGAUCACUUGCAUGUCCAACCUAUACAAGCUAACUACCCGUUGUGCCACGGAGACGCUUAAGCGAGAAGUCGAUGGCAGGGGACUACGGUCCGAGAACCAGAUGGGCACGAGGAGCAACGUACAGGGUGCAAAGGAGCACGCGUUAGCGAACAUCGCGCUCAACGAGAAGCACAAGGGGAAGUUACUUGCAACGUGGGUCGACGUCAUGAAGGCGUACGACUCAAUCGACCACGCGUACCUGGCAAGGGUUAUCGACAACCUUAACCUACCAGGGUGGUUAUCAAACUUCAUCAAGCAGACGAUCAAGAGGUGGAAUAUAGAGAUACGGUGGAACAAGAACACAAUCAUGCACAAGAAAGUGGAGAGGGGCAUUCUCCAAGGCGACAGCCUAUCGCCCCUUCUCUUCGUGCUGUGCUUGGACCCGCUGAGCAGGCACCUGACUCGCAUCUUCCCCAAGGUGGAGUUAAGCGUGACCGGCGGCAGGAUAUUCGCCACAAACCACUUUCUCUAUAUUGACGACCUCAAGUUCUUCGCCCACGAGGAAAGUACGAUGAGAGGAAUGGGCCGAGAAGUGGAGAAGUUCUUCAACGACAUAGGACUCAGGAUCAACCGCGACAAGUCGGCAACCAACACGGAGGCGUGCGCCAGCAUCGCCAAGCAGAUGGAAGGCCCGGAAACGUACAAGUACUUGGGAGUCACAGAGACUUCAAACUCACUGACAAGCGACGGAAUGUUCGACAUAAUACUACAGGAGAUAUGCAGGAGAACGGAGCUACUGGCUGCGUCAAAGCUGUCGGGGAAAAACCUCUCGAUGGCCAUCAACCAGUACGCCCUCAGCGUCAUCAACUACUACAUCGGCGUGAUCCCUAUGGACAUCACGCAUUUCGACAAGAUCGACCUGGCAGUACGGAGAAUAAUUAACGCGAAGCACGGACACAAGAAGUGGGCGAACACACAGAGGCUCUACCUCCCCCGGAAAGAGAUGGGGAGAGGGCUCCACAGCAUGGUAUUUAGAGCGGAAGCCAUGCUGCUACGACUGUGGUUGACGCUUUCAGCAGACGAGGUGACGUCAACCAGGAGAGCUGCGAUCAUGCAGCAUUUUCGCGACACAUACGCGCACAUAUCUCACAUCAAGAUGCACCUGGAAGGAAGAUAUGGAAUGGAAUUCGGAAUGGAGGACACUACGGACAAGAGCCUCAGGGACCUCAGGGUGGCCCAAAACAAAUGGCUGUACAACAGAAUGCACGUAAAAUCAACUCAUAAGGUUCUGUAUGCCAAGCGUGAGGACCCCAAGCUGGACAUUGAGGCGUCGUCCUUGUACCUGACGUGUGGAAUACUCACUCCGGAAGAAGAAGCGAACGUAGCGGAAGUCCAGGAUAGGAAUCUGCAAUGGAUGUCUUCGUCCAAGAAAUGCACAAGAUGCAACAACGGCAAGAACGUGGAUCACCUCGCGACGAAGUGCCAGAAACUACUACACCUAGAAUAUACGAAGAGGCACAACGAGGUAGCAAAACGGGUCCACUCAGUACUCGGGAGGCAAAUAGGACUACCCAAGGAGAAGAUAGACGCCCACAAGAUCGAGAGUGAAGUACAUGGAAAAUACGGAUGGAUCGCGUACGACAAGACGGUCAAGACUCAGAAGACUAAGGAAUACAACAGGCCAGACAUCAUCCUGGCGGAUCGGCGGAGGAACACCAUAACCAUCGUGGAGAUAGGAAUCACCAAUCAAGACAACCUAGUGGAUACGGAGAAGUUCAAGAAGCAGAAGUAUGAAGACCUUAUUGAGGACCUCAAGGCGCGACAGUUUAACCAGCACACCAAGAUCAGGGUUAUCCCCUACGUUAUGACGUGGGAGGGAAUAGUGACAAAGGAGCACAGCAAGUACAGACGGGACCUGGGCAUAUCGGAUCGCAUGGAAGCCCACAUACAAAGGGUAGUGAUCCAAGAAACACAUAAAAUAGUGAUGAGGGAUAUGAAGCCGAAAGAAGACUACGAUUCCGUAGAAGACCCUCAAGCCCAAACUGGAUGGAUGCCCGCAUGGAUGGCACCAGUGACGUCCGGCAAUGGACCGGCGUGGAUCCCGCAACCGGUUUCAGCGUGA